AUGCGUUGUCCUUCAAUCCCUCAUACAUCUGCAACAGAUUUCAAAGAAGCAUUUGAGAAGGAUUACUGUACCCCACGCCCCGAUAUUCUUCUACGUAUCAUGGACAUGUACCAUAUAAACACGGAACACUAUAAUCGCUCGUUCCCUGUUGUCCAGUCGUCGGGGAUGGGCAAAUCGCGCCUGAUGGAUCACUCUGCCACACUUCGGUUCGCGAUUCCUUUCAACGUCCAUGAAAAGAUGGACCCCGGUACAAAGACUUAUCCUCCGUUUGACCACGAAGACCGCGAGUAUCUCACAAAAGAAUUUGAGCACGAAGUGGAUGCCAUAACACGACCUCUCGUCUUCUUGCAGGCCCUUUUUAAUGAAACGGUCGCCGAACUCCAAUCCCAAAAAACAGAAAUCACAAAGGGAACGCCACAAGAGAUUGCUGGCAAAUGGUACAACUGGAUGAAGGACGGGUCGACUGUAGAUAACGUUGGUCCAAAUAGAACCAUGCUCUAUGACCGAGUGGUAAAAAAGGCGAAAGAGCUGGAAGCGCUACAACCCCCGAAGUACCAGAAGCCUCUCGUACAUCGUGCAGAAGCGUUGCGCGUUGCAGCUGAAUCACUUGUCAAUUUUUUAAAGAAACUCUACAAGACGAGUGUCAAAUUUUAUGCAAUUGUCUACUUUGACGAAGCGCACACUUUGUCUUUGCCGUCGAACAAAUCACAUCGACGAACCCCUUACUAUGCUUUGAUGCACGUCCUGAACAUGAUUCGCAAGACGCCGAUCUUCUUUGUUUUCUUGUCCACCAACUCUAGCCUACAAACCUUCACACCGAGUAACUCGGCGUACCCGUCGAUUCGAGUUCAAAACGACACCAAACUCAUCCCGCCCUUUUUCGAGCUACCAUUUGACAACUUUGCUCGAAAGUUUACGUCAGAGGCAAAGGAGGUUGGCAAAUUGACGCUGGCAGGAGUGUGCGAGCUCGGACAGAUGACUAAAUUUGGUCGGCCCAUGUAA